AUGAAUAACGACGACGAUGCUCUCUCCUCCGUCUUCAAGAAGAUCGAGCGCGAGAAGGCUCUCAUCACCGCAGCAAACCAGAUGCGGCAGCAGACCCAGAACGAGCAGGUCAGAUCGCGCCUCGACACCCAGAUGCGCGAAGGCCGCCGCAACAUCCAGUACCUAGAGGAGCGCAUGGAGGAGCUGCAGAUGCGCAGGAUGGGCCAGGGCGUGGAGGGCAUGAACUUGGGUGGUCCUGCUGGCGGACAAGGCAGACCACUGAGCGCAGGCUUUCGCAGCGACAGAGAGGGCCCACCUGCUCUGCCACCGAAGGAUGCCAGAGGAGGGUACGUCGAGCAGAGCUCUGAUCGAGGGGACUAUGGUGGCAAGCAGGAGUACAGCCAGGCUGGUGGCCAUGGAGACAUGAUGCCGCCUCGACACCCGUAUGCCCCGCCUGCACCUGGAACCGGCAUCCCAAAAUCACGCCCGAAUUUCACGAAGCUUGAUCUCAUCAAGUACGACACGCCUUACCUCGGUCCCCGUAUCCAGCUCAUGCUGUCGCAACUGGAGUUCAAGCUUAAUGUCGAGAAGCAAUACCUCAAGGGUAUUGAGAAGAUGGUCCAGUUAUACCAGAUGGAGGGAGACAGAAAGAGUAAAGCAGAUGCUGCUGGCCGACGGGUUGAGAGUACUCAGAAGAUCCAAUUGCUCAAGCAGGCACUGAAGAGAUAUGAAGAUCUACAUAUUGAUAUGGAGAGUACCGCAGAUGCGCCAGAUGAUGACAGCAUUAAUACCCCGAAUAUGCGGAAACCGCUUACUGGACAGCUUUCGAUCCGGAUACAAGCUGUAAAGGAUGUUGACCAUGCAGUGACCGGCCGCUUUACUCGUGGGCCCGAAACAUUUGUUGCUAUCAAGGUCGAAGAUAACGUUGUAGCUCGCACGAAGAUUUCCAGGAUCGAUAGAUGGGAUGCUGAAUACCACAAUGUUAACGUUGACAAGGCCAAUGAAAUCGAGCUGACUGUCUAUGACAAGCCUGGGGAUCACCCUCUGCCAAUCGGACUUCUCUGGGUCCGGAUCUCUGAUAUUGUCGAGGAGAUGCGAAAAAAAAGGAUCGAGGCUGAGAUCAGUAGCUCUGGUUGGGUUUCUGCUGACCGUAUGGCCAGCGGCGCCGCGCCUGGGGCACCUCCUCCACAAUCAAAUAUGAACCCCUCGACGCCUCAGUUCGGACAAACACCUGGAACUGCGGGAGCUGGGCUAGGACUUACACCCAGUGGCGGACUACAAGGUGCUGGUGUUAUUCCCCCUCAACCAAUUGAUGCUUGGUUCGCUUUGGAGCCCAGUGGAGCUGUUCACUUGACCAUCAGCUUCACAAAGCAGACCAAGGACCGUCGGCCAUUUGAUGUCGGUCUCAACCGUAAAGGUGCUAUUCGUCAGCGCAAGGAGGAGGUACAUGAGAUGUACGGUCAUAAGUUCAUCUUGCAGCAAUUCUACAACAUUAUGCGAUGCGCACUGUGUGGAGAAUUCCUUAAAUAUUCUGCUGGUAUGCAGUGCGAGGACUGCAAAUAUACUUGCCACACCAAGUGCUACACAAGUGUUGUAACGAAGUGUAUCAGCAAGUCGAAUGCAGAGACCGAUCCGGACGAGGAGAAGAUCAAUCACCGCAUCCCCCAUCGCUUCGAGAAGUUUGCGAACAUGAGUGCAAACUGGUGUUGCCACUGUGGUUAUAUUCUGCCUUUUGGUAAGAAGAACUGCAGAAAAUGCACCGAAUGCAGUCUCACUUGUCAUGCCGGCUGCGUACACUUGGUUCCUGACUUUUGUGGCAUGUCAAUGUCGGUUGCUAAUGUAAUUCUUGACGGUAUCCGAAAUCAAAAGCGUCGCCAGACAGCUCAGACACCGAUGACGGGACGUACCUUACGUCAAGGCAGUAAUAAGCCCGUCGCAGGAGUAGAACCAACAACCCCAUCUGAUCCUCGGAACUCUUAUGGCCAGCAAGACUCGUCUCACCACCCUCGCACCCAAUCCUAUGGAGGCCAAUCUUCAUCGUCCUCCAUUGAAGCGACUGAAGCUGCCAAGGCAAUGUACGCUCAAGGGCCAACCUCUCCCGUAGCACAACGACCGCCAGGACCGGACCGAACCUCAUCUUCCUCUGCCGCGGCGGCUGCUAUCGCAGCGAUGGCGGGACCAAAGAGCCCUACACAGCAGAGAGAUCCUUACCAGCGAUCUUCUGCAGACUAUGCAGGCCGCCAGAGUGGCUCUAGUUCUCAAGGCUACGCUAAUCGUCUCGACUCGCAUCCCGAGGAUGGAGGUUAUGGAUCCACGCCGAAGCCACAAGCUGCGCACCCAAGUUACAACCCCGCCGCGUAUGCCGGUUAUGCAGCCCCACAGGCCUCGCAACAGCAAAUGCAAUCCCUUCAGUCACCAACUGCUACGAUGUAUAGUCACCAAGCUCAAGCACCUGCUCCAGAGCCAGUACCGCCUGCGACAGCUGUUAUUCCCAGAAAAUCAGCUCCUCCCGCAAGCGAAUCCGGAACUGGCCGCCGUAUCGGUCUGGAUCACUUCAACUUCUUGGCAGUGCUUGGUAAGGGUAACUUCGGUAAGGUCAUGCUUGCGGAGACCAAGGCUUCGAAGCAGCUGUACGCUAUCAAAGUGCUAAAAAAGGAGUUUAUCAUUGAGAAUGAUGAAGUCGAGAGCACUAGGUCGGAGAAGAGAGUUUUCCUGAUCGCUAACAAAGAGCGCCAUCCUUUCCUGCUUACUCUCCACGCAUGCUUUCAGACCGAGACAAGAGUCUAUUUCGUCAUGGAGUACAUCAGUGGUGGUGAUCUCAUGUUGCACAUUCAGCGUGGCCAGUUUGGAACGAAGCGGGCCCAAUUUUACGCUGCUGAGGUUUGCUUGGCACUGAAGUACUUCCACGAGAACGGUGUCAUCUAUCGUGAUCUGAAGUUGGACAAUAUCAUGUUGACACUGGAUGGUCAUAUCAAGAUUGCCGAUUAUGGUCUGUGCAAGGAAGACAUGUGGUAUGGAUCAACGACUAGCACGUUCUGUGGUACUCCUGAAUUCAUGGCUCCUGAGAUCUUGUUAGAUAAGAAAUACGGCCGCGCUGUCGACUGGUGGGCAUUUGGCGUGCUCAUAUACCAAAUGCUGCUUCAACAAUCACCGUUCCGUGGAGAAGACGAAGACGAAAUCUACGACGCCAUUCUAGCCGACGAGCCCUUAUACCCCAUCCACAUGCCUCGUGACUCUGUCUCGAUUCUCCAAAAGCUGCUCACCCGCGAACCCGAUCAGCGCCUUGGAAGUGGACCAACCGAUGCCCAGGAAAUCAUGAGUCAGCCCUUCUUCCGCAAUAUCAACUGGGAUGAUGUGUAUCACAAGCGUAUCCAGCCACCUUUCCAACCGCAGAUUACUAGCGCAACGGAUACGAGCAAUUUUGACUCGGAGUUCACCAGUGUUACCCCUGUUCUGACGCCUGUGCAAUCUGUGGGUGUAGUUCUUUCACAAGCUAUGCAAGAGGAGUUCCGUGGCUUCUCGUACUCUGCCGAUUUUAUUUGA